CAGCUAAAUUAAUGAUUAUUAAAUUCAAAAGCGAGAGAAUUCUCCAACGACCCAUUGGUUUACUUUGGUAUCUGUUCCAAUGACUUGUGUUUUGGAAUUGCAGUUUUGGUCAAGGAAUGAUGAUGAUGAUGAUGACGAUUCAUGCUGUAAUGUUGAUUUUUCAGGAGGAAAUGUAAACCUCAUUACCUCAAUAGAAUGUUGGGAACGGAAGAUUGAAGAAGCACGGAAAGAUAACAAAACUGUGAUUGCGAACUUUAGCGCCUCAUGGUGCAGUCCUUGUAAAACGAUUGCACCAUUCUAUUGCGAGCUUUCUAAUAAACAGCCUUCUCUGAUGUUUUUGGUGGUCGAUGUCGAUGAGCUUAGUGACUUGAGUUCUUCUUGGGACGUCAAAGCGACCCCAACUUUCUUUUUCAUCAAGGACGGAAAGCAAUUUGAUGCACUCCUAGGGGCUAACAAGGCAGAGCUGCAAAACAAGAUAACAGCCAUAGUAGACUCAAAGAAGCCAUGCCACACAUAGCCGUUAUCCACAUGUGUUCAUGAGUGACAUGGAAUGUCCGCCUCCUUUUUUGCGUGCGUAUGUGACUGCACCUGUAAAUGCAACUACUAUAUACAAAGUACUCCCUCUGUCCUAUAUUUUUCUUUUCAUUUGACUCUUCUUGGCCAAACUCUAUAAACUUUGACUAUGAAA